UACCAAGAAAUCGAGCCGAAUCAGCUUGGGGUAGAGAAGGAAGUCACAGAAGAGAAUAGAUAUGGACAAGGAUCCCACAGAUUGGCCUGGUUUUGGAACAUCAACAACAUUCUGGAUUCUCAGCAAGACCCUUGGAUGGAUGAAUUUUACAGGGUUCAUUGGUUGAAAGCCAAGGCCAGAUGGCAAAGGUGGGAGGAGGAGCUAAGUUUGGUCCAACAUGAGAUGGGUUGGACAGUGAGCUGGUUUCAAUAUAAGGAAGAAGAAUGGCUGAGAAGAUACAAAAAAUCGGUCAAGCCUGGGCAUCAAGCAUAUGCUCAUCGACAGAUGUGCUUGUGGGGAAAAUUUGGAUCCAAGGCUGAUAAUUCAUUCAAGGAUAAGAUGAUAGUAGUUACAUGA